UGCACGGUUUCUUGUUCCUAAUCGAGUCGCAUAGUGAACAGCGCAUCUCGUUGCCAUGUCUUCGAAGGCAUCGAAAUUCGCGGGGUCUUCGGAUUCCUCAACAAAUCAGCCCGUUUCCUACGACAGGCCUGCUGGCAGAGAUCACUCUCUGCGGCAUUCGAAAUGGUCCGGUCGCCUCACACAAGAACCAUCGACUCCAGAAUCUUCACUUGCUUUGCUCUCUCAGCCUCUGCAAGCGAACGUUAGAACCACUCUGCAGCACAGCGCUUCCGCGACGCAACUUGAAACCAAACCUAGGACAGCGCUCGAUCGAUUGGCCAUACGAUCGUCGCAGUCAUUGCCAAACCUUGCAGCCGCAACCGAAAGACCAGCUACUGAAGGACCCACAGAGCAGCCAGCGACGCGCGAAGACACUUUCGGCAGUCGAAGAUCCGCACCCCGAAGCUCAUCUCUACAAUACGGUGCGAGUACAGGAUCCAGUCUACGCCUGGAUGAGUCCGGUGAUGUCAGCGAAGUUACCGUCUACGGCCACGGCUCUUACCAGCACGCGAUCCUUUUCUGCAGCACAUUGUCUCUAGUGGUACUCCUCUGUCAUAGCCUCGCCUUCCAAGUCAUUGCGAGCAACGUUGUCUUCUGGUGCAAACCCCCCGCUGUCUUCCAAAAUCUUAGCACAGCGCAGUGGAAGAACAUCGCUAUCCCUCAAGAACAGGACGGCAGCUACAGUCGUUGUAACGUCUACGACCGUCCGUUUCAACCGAACAGAACCUCCAUACCAUGCACUGCUUGGGAUUAUGAACAUCCAUAUCCUUCCCUCUCCAUCAUCAGUACCUGGGACCUCGUGUGCGGUAGGGAAUGGUUGCUGACGUUUGCGGCAGUGAUGUACAUGGUGGGAGCUUUGGUAGCAGUGCCCCUUAUGGGCAUGGCCGCUGACCGUAUUGGACGUCGCCCUGUCAUCUGCAUCGGCGUCACUGUACUCUUGUUCGCCAGUUUCGCGACCUGCUUCGCUUCCACUUUCACCGUGUUCGUCUGCGCACGCUGCACCGUGUCAGGCUGUGCCAGUACCAUCUACAUAACGGGCUUCAUCCUGCUGCUUGAAGUGACCUCCAUCGAACGCAGAGUAUGUUACGCUAUGGUCUCGUCAUCCGUUGGCGUCAUUAUCACAAGCCUCCUCUUCCUUGAGUUGAAAAAACUCGCCCUUCCGUGGCGCAUAUCGGAGACCAUAUUCGUGGUGAUCACCUGUCUUCUCAUGGUCGCAUUCUACGUCGACGAGUCUCCACGCUGGCUGCUUGCAACGUGCAACUUUACGGACGCCGAAAGAGCCAUUCUUUGGGCCGCGAAGAUGAACGGCAUGCGACACGAGGGCGUCCGGAAGCGGUACGCGAAGUUGAAGACAGCAUUACUCAAGAAACAGGAAUGCUUGAAGGUGACACCGAUUCAACUGUUCACCAAUCCGCUGAUGCGCGUUCGCUGCGGCCUGCUCUUUAUCUGCUGGUUCGCCAUAUUUUUUUCCUUCUACGCGCUCAAAAUGACCACCACCGAAGGAGAGGAGGAGGACUGGGCGAAAGUCGCCAGCGUCGUCGCACCAGGUCCACUUAUCGCCGCGGCUUAUUACGCUGUACUCUCGAAAGGGCGGAAGAUCACCCUCGCCGUAACCUUGGGUUUCGCCGGCUGUUGCGGCGCCGCAUUGAUCGUGAGGUUCCCUCCGGACCAGUCGCAUAUCGCGCACGCCAUUAUAGUGCUGGCCAGAGUAGCAACGCACGUCGCAGUCGCUGUGAACUACAUCUACACUGCCGAGCUGCUCCCAACGGUACUGCGUUGCGUUGGUGUCUGCAGCGCGUACGGUGUCGGUAGGCUGGGUGCUGCCACCGCCAGUUCACUCACGACUUGGAGGGCCGGGAUCUCUCCCCGUACUACAAUGGGGAUGUUGACAAUCGUAGUGCUACUGGCGAUGCUUGCUCUGACACCAUUGCCGGAGACUCGAUCCGAACCUCUAAUGAACACCAUAAAGGAGCUAGAAGGACUGGGCUACAAGAGGUUCUUGCAAGAGUCGCUGCCGGAUGAUUUGGGCCGAGGGACCAGGUCUCGUGAAUCUCCACGAGCGUCUCGACGAGUGCCUCGGGCAGGGCCGGUCGAAUCCGUCGGACCACCGCAGUCUGCUUCAAUGGCUACAUCGAGACGUGAACAGCAAGUCGCGCUUUCCCGCCGUAGCAGCUCCAGUAGCUCAAGCAGGCAUUCUUUGCCUCUUCCAAAUGCAGAUACCGUGAGAAGCUCACGGAAUAGGCUGAGCAACCCGACAGCCGUGUAAUUAUAUAUAUAUAUAUAUAUAUUUAUUUAUUUAUUUAAUUUUUUGUACGUUAGAUGUCAUGUCUUGCACGCCGACUAAUAGAUGUCGUCUUCGACAAAAUUAAACCAAUGACUUCA